UCAUAGACAUGCUUAGAACUCAGAACGCUUGCAAGUGGUUCCUGUUAGAGAACGGCUGUCAACCGAUGGAGAGACAAAGUUACAUUCAUACAACCUUACGGAGUAGCUUACUUCUUCUGUGUUAGUGACUGGUCUGUCAUUGGGAAUACUUUGUAGGCGAAAUGAGAUGGCCUUCUGGGGUUUCUGUUCUCUCGUUCGUCUUUGCCAUCGGUUUCUUUCCCUUUUCGGUCUUUCCUUUCAAUAGGACCACGUCGAGAAAGUUUCACACUCUAAUAGUUACAAUAAGACGGCCUGUCAUGUUCUGUGUUGAACUUGACAACGAACGAUUUCACUACCAAAAGUGGAGGCCAAGUAAGACAGACUGUAGAUCGGGGCCCUCUGUCCAUUUAUAUCUAUCCGAAAGCGCGCGGGAAGUUUGGUUGGCUCAUCUCGCACGUUGCGUUGAAAGAUGUAACACCAACGCCUUUGGUGCCGAGGUUGAUUGGCAAUACCGGUGCGCAGACGUUGGUUCGGAAAUAAAAUUGUAUCAGGCAAUAAUGCUGACACGGAAAAGCAGUGGCGGCGUGCUGCGUUGCGCCGACGAAAGCUGUGUUGUCUCAGCAAACCAUUCGGAUCCCCGGCCCAAUCUCGAUAUUCUUUUUGUCGGCAUCGAUGGCGGCCGCCAGCCAAGGAAUCCGCCAAGUUGGUGGCUGCCUCUUGGCUUGCGCGGGCCAGAAGGACCGUUGAUGCCGCGCAGCCGCCACCCGCGUCCUGCUUCUUCGGGAUCGAGUUUCCGUGUUUCGCAAACCCUCGAGGUUGACUUUUCCAUCCGUGGUUGGGCAAGUGUUUCAUAGGGUCUGAACUUCGGAUGGGGUUAUGCAAGGGGUGCGCGACUCGGCCAAUGGAGAGGCAACCGAAGGACUUCCGCGGCAGGGGCGGCAGGAACGGAAUGCAGGGAUAUGGUGCCUGCAGUCAGACGAGGGACUCGAAGAGAGGGGACAAGAUAUCGGACAUUUUAUUCGCUCAUUCACGGUCUAAAGUCGAUAGUUUCCUGUAGUCAGACACUCCGAGAUAGUUCCUGCCCCGCGUCGACCCACCGUCCGACCAAUCCCGCACGCCAUCUGAGGCCGCUUUCA